GGCUCCCACCCCCACGACAUCGCCGGCAACGUGAUCACGGGCGUGCUCCAGGCGCUGACGCCCAUCAGCAUCGUCGCCGGCGCCAUCUUCCUCUUCGACUGCAUGGAGUCCUCCGGCUGCCUCGCCUGGAUGCGGACCACCAUGAAGGCCGUCACUAAGGGGCACCCCGUCGCCGAGGUCAUGCUGAUCGGCUGGGGCUUCUCCUUCCUGGUCGAGGGCGCCUCGGGCUUCGGCACCCCCGCCGCCCUGGCGGCGCCGAUGCUUUACUCGAUGGGCCACCAGAAGCUCGACGCGGUGGCCAGCCUGCUGCUCUUCAACGGCUUCUCUGCGACCUUCGGCGCGGUGGGCACGCCCAUGUGGUUCGGCAUCGGGGAGGCGACUGGGAUCGACAAGACGGGGCAGUCCAAGGUCGGCGUCAUCGCGGCGGUGAUGCUGCUCGUGUGCUCGCUGCUCUUGGUGCCCCUCGUGGUGCGCAUCCUGGUGCCCUGGCGGGAGGUCAAGCGCAACGCGCUCUACAUCUAUUUGAGCGUUUUGAGCAUCAUGCUCCCCGUGCUCGGGGUCUCGUUCUUUAGUGUGGAGUUCCCCACGAUCGUGGGCGGCCUUGUCGGGCUGGCCGUGACCGGGGCGCUCACGGUUUUCAAGGUUGGCCUCAGCGCGGUCAUCCAUGUCGAGUCGAUGGAGCACAGGAAGUCGGUCACAGAGAGGUGGGGGGGCGACCACGACGAAGGGCACGUGGCGCUGGCCGCGCUGGGCAGGACCUCGCCCCUGUGGCUGACGGUGCUGAUCCUGGUGCUGACGCGCAUCGAGCCGAUCGGGCUGAAGGGCCUCCUGACCGCCACCGCCCCCUCGCUGGGGGACUUCACCCUCUCCGCCUCCCUGGUUGUGGGCCUGCACGACAUCAUGCGGGCGCCCCUGUACAAGAAGUGGGACUUCGCGCUGCUCUACGUGCCGAGCAUCAUCCCGUUCUUCCUCGUGGGCUCCUUCACGCUGCUGCUCUACCGGAAGGAGCUGCGGACCGGCCCCUGCAGCAUCUUGGAGGGCGUGGUGGCCCGCAUGCAGAAGCCGCUCGUGGCCCUCACGGGCGCGCUCAUCCUGGUGGAGCUCCUGCGCGGGAAGGACAAGUACGCCGACGCCCCGGCGACGAUCAUCGGGGUGCGCGUGUCGUCCCUGCUGAGCUACGGCUUCCUGGCCCUCUCCGCCGCGCUGGGCUCCCUGGGGGCCUUCUUCUCGGGCUCCACGACGAUCUCGAACCUCACCUUCGGGCAGGUCCAGAUGGUCGCGGCGGAGAACCUGGGCGUGAGCAGUUACGUGGUGCUGGCGCUGCAGGCGGUCGGCGCGGCCAUCGGUAACGCGGUGUGCCUCAGCAACAUCAUUUCCGCGUGCACCGUCAUCGGCCUGCAGGUCCCCGAGGGCGAUGUCCUGAAGAAGGUCUUCCCCCUCGUUGCGGCCUUCUGCGCCAUCAGCACGGUGGUCUCCAUCCCCUUCUUGCUUCUGGGGUAG